CUCGUUUACGUCCUAGUUGCUGCUGAUGGCCGGGCCUGCCACGUGUAUAGGACCUUGUGAAACUCCAGCCACAAGAACUGACCUGUUUCUGGACUUCUCUCCAUUUCAAUGUAUUAAAAUAACACCCUUCCUACGUGGCUCCCAUUGUUUCUCUUCUGUCAAAGACCUCUCUCUCUCUCUCUUCAUCUUUUAGUCUUUCUUGUGAUCCUUAGAGAAGAGAGGUGAACUCUUCUUCAAGGACUCCUUAGCUUUUUUUUUGUGUGAGGUUCUUCAAGCUAAAAUCAUCUUUCAAUGGCCAUGGAUAUUGAGGACAAGAUGUCUGGUGAAGAGGGAAGCUCAUCCAUUCUAGACUUGAGGGAGAGGAAGCCUUAUACUAUUACUAGGCCAAGAGAGAGGUGGACUACUGAAGAGCAUCAGAGGUUCCUUGAGGCCCUGAGCCUGCAUGGCCGUGCUUGGCGCCGUAUCCAAGGAUUUUCUUGCAGAGCACAUAAGGACUAAAACUGCAGUCCAAAUUCGAAGCCAUGCGCAGAAGUUCUUCUCCAAGGUGGUGAAGGAGUCAGCCAGUGGUGGCGAUGGCAGUCUGAAGCUCAUUGACAUCCCUCCUCCUCGUCCAAAAAAGAAACCCAUGCAUCCAUACCCUCGGAAGUCCCAUAGUAUACAAGAAAGAACUAUCCUGGAGCCAUUGCAGACUUCAUCAUCUCCAAUCUCAUUGGCCUGUGGACCAGAUAAUCAAUCACCGACAUCAGUCUUGUCUGAUACCAUUGGGAUGCAGGUUUCAUCAGCCCAUGAACAAGAAGAUGGAGACCAGGACACAACUGGUUUGGAUGCACAAAAGUGCCCUGUGGAAUUGGAUGUGAGUCCUGAUCAUGCAGCAACCUCAAAAGAAUGUUCAUCCGUCGAGACACAAGUUGUGAGUCUUAGGCUGUUUGGAAGGACAGUUCUGGUCACAGAAUCACAUGGCACAACAUCUUCUAAUUUCGGAGACAAAACCAAACACCAAAGUGCAAGCAAGGAUUUGCAGAAUCAAAUUAGUGUUCCAUCUGAAGCUUUGGACCAUGGAGACUGUCAUGGUGAUCAAAUGAAAAUUGAAUGGAGCUAUUGGCCAGCUAGCUUUCCAUCAAUGUUAUAUAGUUUGCCUCAUGGAAAUACUAAAAUUCCCAUGCCGUGGUUCAUGUAUCCUUUGAACUUCCCAUUUCCUUUCAGCCAUCACCAAAACAUUAUUUCUUGUGAACAGGCAGGACAAGAAGAGUGUUCUAACACUGGUUCUAACACCUCCUCUGACACUGAAAUGGAAACACAUGACAAAGAGGAAGCAGCAACACAUGGAAUUGAUGCAACAACCACGGGGUUUGUACCAUAUAAAAGCUAGCUAAUGAAUGGAGUAAAGGUUCAAGGCUCCUCCAGGAUUGUUUCUCAAUUGAUUAGAGGUUUUGUAUGUGUUGUUCCAGAGAAGCAGUUUAGAGAGACUGAUGUUUUUUGUUUUCAUGGCCAACCAUUCCACAUUUGUACAAAUUGUGUGGAUGGACCAUCUUUCAUGUAUAAUCAACGAAUUUGACAAUCUUU